AUGGCCAUUAUCGUGCCAAGUUAUAAAGAGGAAAUUGACAUACUUGAGACAACGUUGCGGGUACUCGCGAGCCAUCGUCAUGCAAAGGCUUGCUAUGAUGUUUUCCUAGCUAUGGAAGCAAGAGAUCCAAAUGGUGUUGCGGUGGCAACGAGCCUCAUUGAUCUCUUCAAGCACAAGUUUCGGGAUCUUCAAUUCACCUUACAUCCUAACGGCAUUGAAGGAGAAGCCCCUGGAAAGAGUAGCAAUGUCAGCUGGGCUGCCAAAGCAGUGGAGAAGAAAUAUGUCAAUCAGCCUGAUUGGACUGAUGUACUCAUCACGGUGAUGGAUAGCGACACUCACCUUUUAAGUCAAUACUUUGAACUCAUCUUCCAAAACCAUCUGCGCACGCGAGGUGAGAUUGGGCUUUCAGACGUCACAUUUUAUAUGCCGCCCAUUGUCUUCGAUCGCAACGCCAGCCGUGUACCUCGACUCGUUCGCAUGGCAGAUCUCAUGUGGUGCGGAGCAGGACUGUCGUGCUUCAAUGGAAGAGCCCGCCGUGACGCAGUAGCGAUCCCUACCGCGGUAUAUACCAUCUCGCUUUCCCUUGCCUGCCUUGUAGGUGGUUGGGACACUGGUUCCGAGGCCAUUGGUGAAGACCUGCAUAUGCUGCUGAAAUGCUAUUUCGCGACGGGCGGACAUUUACGCACCAUCAGCAUUCCAAGUCCAGCGAGUCAGUGUAAUGUCAGCACAGGAAAGUCUGGAAUACGUGGUUGGGCAGCCAACCAUCAAGCAAGAUACUCACAAGGAUUGAGACAUAUGUGGGGGUCACUUGAUACAGGCUUCGCUGUGCGACAAUGGUUUCAGCUCUCACAACGACGAGACUCUGGGAGCAAGAGUCCUUUUGGACGGGAGUCAUCAUUGCCUUCGCAUGUCCUGCUCCGGUUGAAGCUCGGACAGCAUUCGGUCCACCAAGGCGAAGUCAAGAGAUACACGUGGAGGAAUGCGGUGGUCUUCACCCGGCUCUUUGAGGCGCACUUCCUACCAAACCAUCUGUUCCUUGUCCUGCUCGCUUCCGCCCUCUACAGCUCGUUGAUCCACCCGGACAACCAAUGGCAGAUCUUGUCAUAUGCGCUCGACAUGACUUCCUACAUGCGAGCAGCAGGAUUCGCGUUGAUGACGAUCUACUUUGUUAUCUUCUAUGAGAAAUACCACCAGGUCUGCAUAAGUGCGCGAGAGCACGAGAUGAGAAGAGCGGGGUUAUAUGAAGAGAUGGAAGAUGAUUUCUCUCACCGGAAAAGAUGGACACUGACGGCGAUUGUUGAUUACUUUAUAUUCCCCAUCUCUGGGACGAUCUUUGGGAGUAUUCCACUCUUCCAGGCCAUUGUGUCGCACUUUUGGACCGAGAAAUUGGUGUACCUGGUUAGUGCGAAGCCUGUCAAGGCUGAUAAGGUGCGGGAACAGUGGAAAGAUGGAGUGUAA